AUGCAACCAGCAGGCCGCCUAAGACUGAGGAUGUGGCUGGAGGAGCAGAUCGAGUCUGGAAAGUACCCGGGAGUCUGCUGGCUUGACAAGUCAGAGAGGGUUUUCCAAAUCCCAUGGAAACACGCAGGUCGUCACGGAUGGAGUUUGGACCAAGAUGCUAUACUCUUCAGGAACUGGGCCAUGCACACUGGUCGGUACCAUCCAGGCCAACAAAAAGCAGACCCGAAGACUUGGAAGGCUAACUUCCGCUGCGCCCUCAACUCCCUCCCAGACGUACGCGAACUGCGCGAGCGCAGCAACAAGAGAGGCAGCAACGCCUACAGAGUCUACAAGAUGCUACCUGCCAUGCGCCCGCGCAACAGAGGACUCCGGAUGCUGAGUCAGCGCUUCAAAAAGCGUCAGAGAUUUGGAGCACACGCACCAUUGAACACCACACACCAACCAUGGCAACCUCCAAGCGUCGCUUCAUCUGCAGAAGAUGCAUCGCUUAGCGUUUCUAUCCAGGACAUGUCAUGGGAGCCCAUAGUGCAGGAGGAUGGAACUGAGGUAACAUCCUCUGAACUUUCCAGUUUUCUUAGCAACACGAGGGUCUAA